UACUUUAAUUUAAUCAUCACUAAAUAUAGAUGUUAUGAUCGAGCCAGCCCAGUUAAAAUAGGGAAAGAAAGGGGCGAACGACACAGUUGCAGUAUUUUCAAUGAGGAACGACGCCGUCUGGUGAAGAAGGAAUUAGUUAGGUUAACGAAAUUAACCACCAUAUUAAAAAGGCUAAGCAGCGGAUGUGAACGGCUGAGAUUAAUUUUAAUCAAUGGCUGAGAUCUUUUGCUCUAAAAUAUUUAAACCCAACGAAUUCUGGUAAAUUCCCAUUCUCCUAUUAUUGCAGCUUUCGUCUUCCCUCCCAUUUUCUCAAAAAUGUCGCAACUGGAUCCAACUAUCUUCAAAACCAUAGUCCCAUCCCGCUACAUUACCUUCAUAAUCCCAAACCCUUUACUUCAUCUCGAUCACUUCCAUUCUCAAGAACUCCGCAUUUCAAUUCUUGAUUCACCCCUCCCUUCAAAACCGACUCAAAUUGCAGCAAUGUUAGUUCCAAUAAAUCGCGAAUCAGACUGGAUUUUUUCUACAGAACAAGGUCAUCUUCAACUCCUCCUCACUUUUUCUCAUCUCUCUCGCCUCAUAAUCAUCGGCAAUUCACCGAAUUCGCCACACCCCACUUCGUAUAAUCAUUCUCCAGUACUCUCCAAUUGUAUAGCUGAUUCAUCUGUUGUUGAAGAAAAAUUGUUGCCGUUGUUGAUUGAGUUGACACCCACAUUGGCAUUUCGUCGAACAGGUGGUGGGCUACCUGAAAUACCUGAAAUUCCGUUCUUGAGCUAUGAAGAUGGGGUAAUUCGGAGUCUGGUAUUGGAAAGAUGUGUUGGACAAUGUGUUGGAGAAAUGCUGGUAGAAGAUGUGGAGUUGGAAUUGGAAAAUGGGGAUAGAGAGUUUAGGAGGAGACUGAGAUUCAAGAGAAUGCCAAAUUUGGUACAAACUCAGAUAAGAAUCCGUCCCAAGAAAGUGGAUUUUGUUGAUAUGGAAGGCGUUGAAUUUGAGGUGGUUGAUGAUGGGGAUCUAGUUCAUCCUUAUUUGACUCCAAUGGUGGCUGCUGGUCUUUCAGUAAUCGCUUCAUAUUUGGAUGCGCAAAUUGGAAAAGGGAUAAAGCCAAAAGCCUUGUGUUUGGGUGUUGGAGGAGGGGCGCUUCUUGGUUUUUUGAGUUCCCAAUUAGGUUUUCUAGUCUUGGGUGUUGAGAUUGAUCAUGUUGUUUUGGAGGUUGCAAGGAGAUAUUUCGGGUUGGUACAUGGUGACUUAGUCCAUGUGUGUGUUGGAGAUGCGAUAGAAAUGAUUGAAAAAUUCGCGACUAGUGUAGAAAAUGAUGGUUUACAUGGUUGUUGUGAUUUGGACGGGAGUGAUUGUUUGGGCCAAUUUCAUGGUAAGUUUGAUGUGAUCAUGGUUGAUUUAGACUCGAGCAAUGCUAGUAUGGGUACGAGUGCUCCUCCUCUACAGUUUUUGCAAAAGUCGGUGUUGUUGGCUGCAAAGACAUUGCUUAGCAAAGAUGGUGCUGUAAUCAUAAAUGUGAUUCCUUCAGACCAGUCAUCUUACAAGCAAGUAAUUGCUGAAUUUCAAGAAGUUUUUGCAGGGCUGUAUGAGAUAGAUGUUGGGAAUGGAGAGAACUUUGUUCUAAUUGCCUCUACCUCAGAAAUUGGACAUGUUUUCUGUCAUUAUCAAAGUAAAUUUCCGAAUAAGUUGAAACAAGUAUCAGGAUCUUAUGUGGACUCUAUAAGAAUGAUCUGAAGGAUUCUUGGUAGCUAAGCUCUUACAGAUAACUCAGUGAAAAUGUGCAGAAAGGAUGAGUCAUAGGAUAAAGAUGAGUCUAAUAUUUUUUUGUUGAUACAGGAAUCAAAUUGUAUAUAGUUCAUUUGUUGGUAUCUUGGAGGAUUACAAGCAUGAUUCUUGCUUUCCUAUUGGUUGUUUUUGCAUUAGUUGCUACUUCAAAUUGUAUUUUUUUGUUGAUACAGGAAUCAAAUUGUAUAUAGUUCAUUUGUUGGUAUCUUGGAGGAUUACAAGCAUGAUUCUUGCUUUCCUAUUGGUUGUUUUUGCAUUAGUUGCUACUUCAAAUUGUAUUUUUUUGUUGAUACAGGAAUCAAAUUGUAUAUAGUUCAUUUGUUGGUAUCUUGGAGGAUUACAAGCAUGAUUCUUGCUUUCC